UGUGUGUGUGUGUGUGUGUAACUUCCUCGUCCUGCAGAAGAAGCAGGAGGACCGAGGCGUGACGUCGCUGCCCGCAGAGGCCCGCACGGCACGGCGGGAGGAGAGGCGGGACGCGCCGCCGCGCUGCUGCCGCAGAGACGCUGAGAGGCCACGGACCGAGCGGACCGGCACCGAGCGGACCGGCACCGAGCGGACCGGCAAACUUUGCAGAGACACGCACGCAGCCAUAAUGCGGCACCGCCCGCCGACCCCGGAGCUGAUGUGACUGUGCACCGCCCACCGCAGGGAGGAAGCGGCGCAGCAGCAGCACCACCUCUCGCCUCGUCACGGUGCGCGGUCGGUCUGUCGGUCGGUCUGUCUGCAGGUGGAGGAGGUGGAGGAGGCGGGGGGGACAUGUCCUCGCUAACCGUAGAGGAGGACCAGAAAUGGGCACCGACACACGUCCAGGUGACGGUGCUGAGAGGCAGAGGCUUACGGGGCAAGGGCAAGCACGGCACCAGCGACGUGUACACCAUCAUCCAGCUGGGCAAGGAGAAGUACUCCACCUGCGUGGUGGAGAAGACCACCGAGCCCGAGUGGAGGGAGGAGUGCUCGUUCGAGCUGCAGCCCGGCGUGUUGGACGGCGGCGGGCGGAGUGACGGCGCCAACGAGCUGGUGCUCACCGUGAUGCACCGCGCGCUGAUCGGGCUGGACGUGUUCCUCGGACAGGCGGUGGUCCACCUGAGCCAGGUGUACCGCGAGAGCAGGCACGUGAAGAACGAGUGGUACAGACUCAACUCGAAGACGGGGAAGAAGGAGAAGGAACGAGGAGACAUCCAACUCACCGUCCUGUUCACCCGAAACAACCUGACAGCCAGCAUGUACGACCUGGUAAUGAAGGACAAGAGCGCCUCCACCUUCGGCAAGCUCAAAGAGCGCAUGAGGGGGAAGAGGAGAUCCAGUGAGGAGGACUCCUCGUCGGCCGUCCUCCCAGGCGGUUACGGCACCCUUUGUCGGAUGAGGCAGCGGCUGCCGAGUGAUGGAGGUGGGGAGGAGGACUAUGAGGACGACGAAGGGGGCGAGGCCCGGCGCAGCAAAAUGAGGACCUUCUUCCUAAGAGGGAAGCUGAGGAAGUCGUCGGACACCCGGUCCAGCACGUCGCUCGGCUCGGAGAGCAGCGAAUCAUCGUCUCGAGGCGGGAGCCUCAGCCCGACGGCCGGCAUCAGCGUGGUGGUCUCCGACCUCUCCAACUCACCCAGUAACAGCAGCAACCUGACGGUCGAUAACAGCCCAGAGCACACAGCAAACACGUCGCCCAAGUCGUCGUCCUCUCUCAAAUGUGAGUUUGGUGAUGACCCCGGUGAGAUCACCAUCGCAGUGCCUGUGCGCGUUAACGGAAGCCAUGCUUACGAAGUCCAGCCCCUGGACCCAGGCUCAGGAAACCCUGCAGGUUCUUUAGGCCUGGGACUGUUGCAGAAGAGUUUGCCUCUGUCCAUGUCUCUACAGAACCUCAGCCCGCGGGCCUCCACAGACCUCCCCAAAGGGCCCGUCGGGGACGGGCGCCGCUGGUCUUUCGACAAACCCGGCGAGGAGGAGAAGGCAGCCAUAGCGGCGGCGCUGGAACAAAGCGGCCCCAUGCUGGCUGAAGAAGAUGAACAGUUGGGUCAGGCUGCUCCGCGGGUGGAGAUGGAAAGCCAGGGGAGGAAGCAGAGGAGGAACUUGUUCUCCCACGGGAGGAGUGAGUCUGCGGGCAAAGUGCAGAGUCAGGCCAAGGAUGAGUCUGAACAGACCGCCACCGAGGAGAAACCCAGGGGGGGAUGGUUCGGAUCAAAGGAGGCGCACAGCAAACCCAGCCUGGUGGUGUCACCUAAACUAGAGCCCAGCACUGACCCCCACCCACCACCACCACCACCACCUAGUCACCACCCCUCGGGUCCCCCCGUGGAUGCCCCCUCCUCCACCUCCUCUUUGGUUUCUCCUCUGCAUCACACUAACCCCUUCAGCCACGCACAGAGCACGCCUCCUCCCGUGUCCCGCUGCAACCCUUUCUUCUCUCUGCUGCAGCACAACCCUUUCUAUGAAGACCUGCUCCAACCUUCGCUGCCUCCUCUGCCCUUUCUUUCCAGCUCCCGGCCCCCCAUAGCUCAGCUCUUUCCACAGGCGAGUAACCCUAACCCCACCCUGACUGACAGCAACCCGCCCACAGAGGACUCCGUCACCAAAGUAGAGAGACAACCUCUUCCUCCGACUCCGUCCACCUCGAGUCCGUCCAACCCUUUCCUGUCCUCUGUGGACUCUGAGUGGGACGAGUCCUUCGAAGCGUUUGCAGCUGGCAGGCUGCAGCCUCCCGAGGGUCCGGACAGGAGCGCGGAGCGUCCACGUGAACGCUGCAGUGAUAAAGGAGAUGACCCGGCUGACACUAACAUGCAUCACUCUGACAUGUUUGCACAGUUUCUUGAGACGAUCCCGGAGAACGAGAGCGACAGCAUCACGUUAAAUACUCGUACUAACUCACAACACCCGGCUGCUCUCACUGAAAGUAAUAAAGCUAACGCCACGACUAACACGAAUGAUCUAACUGACGCUAACAUGCACCGAGCCGCCGUGAAGCUCGCCAGCAGCUCCCCGGAUCCUCCGUCUUCAGGUCUCGGCAGCUCAGCAGAAGACGACUUCCUCUCCUGUCUGUCUUCUUAUUCAGACAAGUUCUCUGCGUCGUCCUCCGAGGAAACCGAGGCGCAGAACUUUGAAAGCAUCGUCGUGUUCAGCUCGGAGAAGACGACCGUGGAAGAGAAACCGCCUGAAACUGAAGAUGAGCUCACUGACUGGUCCAACCAUCAGAACACUGUUGUUACUGAAAAAGUUUCGGACGGGUCGGCGUCGUGGUCCUCAGUGCUCACACAUGCAGGAGAGGAUCACAGCACAGGUGUGACGACCUGUACAACUCUAGAUGAUGAACUCUGCUCCAUGCCUCCGUCAUUACACAUCAUCACCUCCUCCCCUGAUGUGAGGCAGCGUUCUGCAGACUCGCCCAUUGAGAGUCCCGGUUCAGGAGGGCAGGGUGUGAGUCUGCGUUCUCCGGUACCGUUCGGGCUCCUGUGUGAUCUCAGUCCUAGCCCAGGCUUCGACGACACGCUGUUGCACACUCUGGUGUCCGAUCAGAGCAGCAGCAGCUUCCUGCAAAGCCUUUACGUCAGCGUCGACUCGCAGGAUUAUCAAACCUGUGAGUCUCAGCGGCCGUCCAGUGGCUCCGAGCCAAACGAGACGCUGCACUCUGCGAACACAACGCUCUGCGGCGAGACCGCGGCUGACACCACCAAUGAAUGCAGGCCAUGCAGUGAAGACCUGAACCAAACCGACCCGUCUGAAGGAUCGCUCUGUCUGACCGGGGAUGCCUUCGGUUCCCCCUCGGCAGACUCAGAGCAGCAGCAUGUUGUCUUUGCUGACGUGUGUUUGAAAGGCGUGACACGCCACCGCUCCUACUCUGAGGGCACGCCAACGGCCUUCAGCGAGCUCCUCCUGCCCUCCUUUGGGAGCGACCCCGGUGCCAUACAGGAGUCCUCCUCGGCUCCGCCCGUCCCCGACCUCCCCUCCUCUCUGACCUCUUUCGCUCCUUCUGUAACUCCUGACAUCGUUAGCUCCUCUGUAGCUCUCUGUUCACUCCCUCCCCUCGCCGACGCCACAGCGAGUUUUCCACCCGGCACGCCACGAGCCGCGGCGCCAAAACCAAUGCCUCAGGAGACCCAGCUGCAGGCAGCCAAUCAGCAGAACAGCCCCCAUCCAGUGAAGCCCCUGACCACCGCCAUGUUGGCUGAGGAGAAGCGGACUGAGGGCCGGUCAGUGCUGGCCACCGGACUGGAGAAGCUCAAGUCCACCAUCCACCCGGGGAGGAGCAGCCAGCUGAGCGAGCAGGAGACGGAGCGCAAGAAGGUACAGUCUCUGACCGAAGGCGCCGGCUCGUACUACCACCUGAACCACAGCGAACUGGUCGCCCUGCUGGUGCAGCGGGAGGCGGAGCUGGAGAGGCAGAGGGCGGAGUUUGAACAUCAGAAGUUUCUGCUGGCGAAGCGCGAGGUGGAGCUGAAGAAGCUGAAGCCCCAGGUCCGAGAUCUGGAGGACUACAUUGACACGCUGCUGGUGCGCAUCAUGGAGCAGAAGCCGACGCUCCUGCAAGUGCGGUCCAAGUUAAAGUGACGGACGGACGGACGGGGAAGGGUUUGCAUCCGCUCACUCGAACCUCCACAGCAGCUCUUUAGUCUUUUCACUGCUAUGCUGUCCUUUUUGAUACAAAUCUGUCGGCACGGAGACGUCCAGGCCAUGUUUUCCAGACGGCAUGCUUUACUGUGCGGCCUCGUCGAAGGGUUUCGGACCGGGCGGUUCUGAAUGUAGCGGGUCCUCAGGUUGUUUUCAGGUUCACACAGCCAGGUUGGUUUUAAGUUCACAGAGGAGCGAGCCCGGCGGGUUCAGAACCCGGAUGCUUCCACUUUGGGAUCCUGAUUGUAGAAACAUUGAUUCCUCCUUUUCACCUCACUUCUACGUCACUUCUGUCACCUUCUCACGAAAGAAAGAGUUUCAGUCCAUCACACUGUCUCAGCUCAGUCCUCACACGAGACGAGCUGACGCCGUGGACGGACAUGCUGCUGGUUCUGCAUGUUUCAGCUCAUUACCUAUAAAUCUGUCCAAACCAGCCGGGUUAGAUGACUUUACACCUUCAGGGUGGCCUUUUGGUUUCAGCUCAUUUCAGUGCAGCAUGAAACUUAAUGUGACUUUAAACCUGCUGUAAAACAGAGAUGCUCAACUCACAGGCUAAACUUUCUGCAGCUAAACUUUGUCUGCAGCUGCUGAUUCUCAGUUAAUCUGCCAGAAUAAUUCAGAUAUUUAAUUGACUGCAAUGUAAGAAACUAUUUUUUUUUUUUAAUAUAACAUUGAUCAUUUAUUAUUUAUUUUAUCUGGAUGAAAAUUAAGAGUGUCCAUUUGUCGU